AUGACAGAUACACCGUCCAUCAAAUCGCUUAAAGAGGACAUUGCUGAGCUGAAGGAUGCAGUUGGUAUAUUAUCCGCCAAGUUAAAUUCUAAGUCGCCUAGCUCUACGCUCAAUGCAUCGUGGAAGCCAAUUCCCGGAUCGGACGUUGUCCGUAACACACCGAAAAGAAAACAGGAAGACGAUAGGUUGGUGAAUAACUCUACCAAUGUUCGAGGCACUAAAGCUGCAUCCGAAGUUGUCAAAACUGUUCCUCCGCCGGCGGAAUUGCUGUGGAUUUAUGUAUCCGCAUUUGAACCGAGUACUUCCGAAAAUGACAUCGUUAAACUAACUAAAGAUUGUUUGAACUUGAGCGCCGAUGUAGAACCAAAAGUGAUCAGAUCAUUAAGUGUCGGUGUGAUGUACCUUCCUCCAGACCGGAAAUCAGAUUCUAACAGUAUCAACAAUCACAUCAGUUCGAUUGGUGAUGUACUAUCUCGACUAGAACAGAAUGACUUAGCUCUGGUACUUGGUGAUUACAAUCAAUCUGGGCUGAUUUUGAACGUUUCUGCUUAUGAUCAUCCUACCAUUGAUGUUAUUCGGUCGAACAUCCCAGCUUCCUGCUGUACACUCUUGGAUGGUUUCAGCCUGCAUAAUUUAAUGCAAAUCAACAAAGUUACUAAUAUUAACUCACGGAUCCUCGAUUUUGUGCUGGUGAAUGAAGCGGCAGUCACGGAAUGUUCUGUUAUAGAAGCUCUCGAACCCUUAAUCGGUCUUGACAACUACCAUCCUGCUUUGGAAAUUCAUAUUAAUCUGUCGAUACCCGUCCGCUUCGACAAUACCACUGAAGUGCGCGAGCUCGACUUCCGAAGAACCGACUUUGUUGCAUUAAGGUUUUCACUCGCACAGGCAGAUUGGCAGUUCCUGGAUACCUGUCCAUCGAUAGAUGAAGCCGUUAACUACUUUGAGGAAGUCGUGAGCCGAGUAAUUUCUGACUAUGUACCGUUGAGCAGACCUGCUCCGAAGCCUGCCUGGUCCAAUGCUCGACUACGUCAUUUGAAGCGAUUGAGAUCAAUGGCGCUUCGCAAGUACUGUAACACCCGUAAUUUUAUUGCCAAAUAUUUGCUGUCAGUAGCCAGCAAGGAAUACCGAACGUACAAUCGUUUCCUUUACAAAAUGUAUACACGGCGCAUUCAGGACAAUCUACGGCGUAAUCCAAGACAGUUCUGGUCGUUUGUGAAAACAAAACGGAAGGAGGAUGGGCUACCAUUGGAAAUUCACCUGGGCAACAGAAUUGCCUGCAGCUCAUUUGAAAAAUGCAAGCUCCUGGUUGAGCACUUCAGAAAUGUUUUUAACGAUCGCUUCGCUUCAUCGAUCCAGAUUGGAGAUGCGAUAAGAGAUACUCCCAGAGACAUUUUUGAUUUUGAUAUCGCUACGAUUUCAUCAGCCUGUGUUGAAUCUGCUAUAAAAAAACUGAAAUUCUCCAACACUGCUGGUCCCGACGGAAUUCCUUCCUGCAUACUGAAAAAUUGCUCUUCUGAAUUUAUAAUACCGCUGUCGAAACUGUUCAAUAUCUCGAUACAGCAGGGUGUGUUUCCAACACGUUGGAAAUAUUCAUUUAUGUUCCCGGUUUACAAGAAAGGAGACAAGCAGAACGUCGUAAACUAUCGAGGAAUCACAUCGCUUAACGCCUGUUCUAAGAUAUUCGAAAUCAUAAUCAACGACGCAUUAUUUUCUUGA